UUCCUAGAGUUUUUCUCGCAGGCGGCCAAUCACAGAGCGAGAAACAAAAACGAAAGGCGGAACCGAACAUCGGCUACUAGAUCGACCAGUGGCACCAGUAGGUAGCGUAGAUAUCAGUUCACUGUAGUAAGUUGUAACUGACACUCGCUAUUUUAGUAUAGCCACCGCUAAUCCAUAUAUACAGAGUGUUGUAGAAAUUUACGUGUUCGUGAUUGUUGUGAUUUAUGGACAGUUACCUUCGGAAAUGAAUCAGUUUUUAGAGUGCGACAAGCAAGUACCUCCAAGAGUCUACGACUUCGCCCAAAUAAAGCAGGAAGCAGAUAGCACGUCUCCAUUGCUGACGCCACCACAUACUCCUACAUACUGCACAAUGUCUCCACCAUUAGUAAACCUCCCAUAUCACCAAAAUUGGUACCGAACAGAACCCAUCGAACCAGCAUUUUCGACGGUGCACUCCUAUAAUGCAGUUUUCAUGAACCAUUGGUUCCGAAACGCAGCGAUGUACCACGGUAGAGACCAGUUUCAGGAUAUGAACAUACCAAACAGACCACCAACUGGACCAAAAACGUUAGGCACGAGACCGAAGAAGCAGUUUAUUUGUAAAUACUGCAACAGGCAGUUUACCAAAAGUUAUAAUUUGUUGAUUCACGAAAGGACCCACACAGAUGAACGGCCCUAUUCUUGUGAUAUUUGCGGGAAAGCGUUUAGAAGGCAGGACCACCUUAGAGACCACAGAUACAUCCACAGCAAGGAAAAACCAUUCAAAUGCAACGAAUGCGGCAAAGGUUUCUGCCAAUCCCGAACCCUAGCCGUACACAAAAUACUCCACAUGGAAGAAUCACCACACAAAUGCCCAGUAUGUGCCAAAUCGUUCAACCAAAGAUCCAACCUCAAAACGCACAUGCUGACCCACACAGACCGACCCGUAGAAUGUAUGCUGUGUUCACAAUUUUUCGUAAGUUUCACAGACCUCAAAAGUCACGAGAUUUCCCAUUGUCAAGGGAAAUCUUAUGAUUUACAAAUUCCUAGUUUAGUUACCGCUACCACUUCUUGUUUAGAUUUAACUAAGAAAAAAGUUAGUGAAGAUAGUGUAAAAACUACUACUGUUAAGUUAGGGUUUUCAAUUGAUGAUAUUAUGAAACGAUAAGUAGCUGGGUUUUUUGUUUUAUAACAGGUUUCCUUAAACGUAGUUUUGAAGGAGAAGUAGGUGAAAUAUCUGCAUAAAACUUAAAGAGAUGUCAAAUAUAAUUAAAGUUUUUGUUUCAAAAAGAUUAUACUAAAUUAAAGCAUGACUAAACACCUAACACGGUAAACUGAAAAGUGACUAAUGUCUUCCUCAACAUCUUGCCUUAAAAUAAUAUUAACAAUGUGUUAUAAUACUGUUCCUUUAGCUGUAGGGCUUAAAAAUCUUACACUUGAAUAAUCUAUCCAUCUUAUACUCGAACCAGAAUAUAAUUGGAUCGAUAAAAGUAUGAGUGAAGAUCGCAUAAAAAUACAUAUAUAUUGGGCGUUGCAAACAGAAAAUUUUGGGGAUGUGCCCUCAGCUCUCCUCCGUUUGUGCUUGAAAGAUUGCACCUUGCCGCAGAUCUCACCUGGGCAAUAUAUACGCACAUCGACUAUGUUGAAUUCAGAUGCGGUUAAGUGCGUACCAGGUCUUCCGUGCUAGGUGAAAUCUAAAAAAUCUCUCCCUGAUGCAAGGUGUUCUCGUAUUUGGUUUAGAUUCCCACCAUUUAUGGAUCCAUUAGGAGAUAUUUGAAACUAAUGGCUGCCGUUCCUAUGGAGAUUUUCAUGAGCACAGUCGAGCACAGCAUCUUUUAUGUAUCGGCAGCGUCAGCAACGUGUUGUUAAGGAUAUUUUUAUGUUCUUUGAUCAGAAGGUUUAGUCGGCAAGUGUGUGGGGGUGAAAUGUCGCUCUGCUCUGCAAUGAUAGCCAAUGGGUUCUCAAUCGCAACUCCAGAGCGAUUAUUCUCAUGGUGUUAUUUAGGUGGACAUCAUUCUUUUGAACGUGCGACUGUUAAUAGAUUAUAUUGGUGCGCAAUAUUCAGCUACAGAAGAAACAAGAGCUAAGCCAAUGCUCUCAAUGUUGUGCCGUAGAGCUUCUGAAAGAUGUUAUUUCUGGUUUUUAGCCUCUCGGCAACUGUACUUAGAUGUUCUCUAAAGCUUAACGUUCUAUCCAAAGUUAUGCAUGCCUAAUAAGUAUUGUGGACGUUUAGUGUUGUUGAGUGGUCUACCUAUUAAAGUCUUCAGUUUUGAAAGUAACUUCCCAUAACUUUUAGGUCUUCCGUCAGAAUUUCCUUAGCUUCUUCUAUCUAAUGAUUUUGUUAUAAUAUGUUAUUAUAUGUAUGUAAUAUUUUUUGUUAUCUUAUGUUGGCAUAGCCAAACUCAAACUUUAUUGAUGUCGCUGUCGGUAUUAUCUGUAAUGGAAAGGUUAAAAAUCAGUGGUGCGAGUAACGAGCCUUGUGGCAGACCAUUUCUUAGUUUUCUGGGGCUGCUUGUUUCUGAUUCCAUAAUUACUUGAAAUAUUUUUUCAGUGAGCAUAUUUUCUAUUAAUCUGGUGGUGGUAAUAGCUUUGAGGAUUAUUGGGCUUAUUCUGUUAAACUUCCAAGUAUUUUAUACAUUAUAGACGAUAGAGCAAAUAUUGGACGACACUUUUUUGAGUAGUCAGGCAGUUACCCGAUUUUGGUAUUGCUAUAACUUCUGAAUGUUUAAAUUCACAUGUGAUGCCGGUUUAAAUGAUAUUUGUGAAGAAAUGCGCUAGCCAGGUUUUGUGUAUUUCCCGCAAUUGAGUAUUAAUUUGGGAUGGAUGCCGUGGAAACCUGGAAAUUUUCUUUUCUGGGAAUUUUGAUUUCAAGGUUUUUAAAGUUUCGUGUAUUAAGUUGAUCUCUGGUCGCUCUUCUUUAUAUUAAUUCUUCUGGUUACGUCAUCGUAACAAUAGUAGACGCUACUGAGUUUUUGUUGACAGUUGCUUUCCUUUGUUGAAAGCUUUUUAUUAAAAAGUUCCAAUAUAGAAAGGAAGAGAGGAAGAAAUAAUAGAAAAGAAAAACACCAGAAAUAGCAACAAUAAAAAAAUCAUAUUCGUCUGAGUUCCACAUGAAAAGAAUUUUUACGGAAGUGUGGGUAUGUACCUAAUGCUUAAAUGUAUAUGAUUAUUUCCAUUGUCAUUGGAAACAUCUUGCUUAAACCGAUAUCAAGAACUAAAUACUUAAAAAAAGGUAGAAUGUAAGCCAGAUUUAGCCUUAAUAGUGAAGAAAUAUAGUGGAACACCGCAUCUCGCCAGGCAUGUCGCUAUUUGUUUUUCAGUAUGCGAUGGUCGUAGCGAUGGUAGUAACAAUGUGCCAGCGACCUCGAUUUUAAAUCGAGGCCCUCGACCUCGAUAUUUGACCCUUUGCUUCGUUAUCCAACGUAUUCGCUUCGUAUCUGCUUAGUGUACAGAUAGCGAAUGAUCGAUAACGAAGCGAAGGGUCAAAAAUCGGGGCCCUCGACCUCGAUUUUUGACCCUUCGCUUCGUUAUCGAACGUAUUCGCUUCGUAUCUGUUUAGUGUACAGAUAGCGAAUGAUCGAUAAUAUAAAGCGAAGGGUCAAAAAUCGAGGUCCUGGCGAGGUUCGAUGCUUCAAUAUUUCUAAACUUUUUUAUUGAUUUCAUUAUAUCAAUUAUAGGUCUGGAUCCCGCGUAUGAGAAAAAAGUUGAUUAAUAGCAAGCUGAAAAUUUGUUAAUAGCCUAAAGGAGCCUAAAGGUCUGACAAACUUUGAUAUAUGGGAACACUGGAACAGGGGAAGUUUUAAUUGUGGAACAGGUUAAAAAUUUGGAACGGUCAUACCACGAAAACGGCAUAUUUAUUUUGUCCGACAGAACAGACUUAAACUCUCCGAACAGAGAUUAAACUCUCAUGCAAAAAUCAGACUGCUAUUUAUCACCUGUCAUAAUUCCUGUCAUAUGACAUAUUCUAGAUGUUCCACUCAUUAAAACGCCCAUUUGGUGAUAAAUAGCAGUCUGAUUUUUGCAUGAGAGUUUAAUCUCUGUUCGGAGAGUUUAAGUCUGUUCUGUCGGACAAAAUACAUGUGCCGUUUUCGUGGUCUGGCCGUUCCAAAUUUUUAACCUGUUCCAUAAUUAAAACUUCCCCUGUUCCAGUGUUCCCAUAUCUCAAAGUUUGUCCGACUAGACACCCUUAAGCUAUUAACAAAUUUUCAGCUUGCUAUUAAUCAACUUUUUUUUCAUACGCGGGAUCCAGACCUAUUAUGAAAAACCGAGAUUGUUCAUUUUAUUGGAUACAUAGUAAGACUUCAUUUAGUUUAGUAUAUAUAAUUAACAUUUUUAUGCAGAUCUUUCUGAACCCGUCAUUUCUCCUUAAGAACCCUCAUUUUACCAAAGAUGUAUGUAUUUGUCUACCUCUUUAGAGACUGAAAAGGAACUAAAAAUGUUACCUUUGAGUAGAUCUCAUACUUAAAAAUAUUAAUAUAUCUGUUAACUGUGGAUACAUGAAAAGACCAACAAUUUUCCAAUUAUAAUCAAAGUAUUAAUUAAUAAUAUUAAGUUUACCAUUUAAUUGAUUUGUUUGUCUGUUCAUAUCUUCGCAUUUUAGUUUAUAGAAAAAUUUUGUUAUAAUGUAUGUCUUAAAAAAAUUAUAGGAACGCUUAUCACAGAAUAUUAAACCAUAUUCACUAACUAUAUAGUGCAAUUCAACAUUUUUCAACAUCCAUCGUAACAUUUGCAUUUCAGUUACCUCUAUCUUUUUUUCCUGAAUUUUCUUCACCGGACCACACUUAAGCCAAGCGUCCACAGAUCCGCAUCGUACGCAACGGAUUUUAGUUUGCCUUACAAUGAUUGCCGAUAAUGCGAUCCGUACGAUGCGGAUCAGUGGACGCGGUUACAUAAGUUUCUGUACAAGGCAAACUAAAAUCUGUUGCGUACGAUGCGGGUCUGUGGACGCUUACCUUAAACCGCCGUUGUCGUACAUCAACGCAGGUCCCAUCACACUCUUGUAUAUCUUUCCUUUCAGCCCUUUCUCAAUUUUUUUAUCACAGAGUACUCCGCUCAUUCGUUUCCAGUUGUACCCUGUAGGUAAGUGUCCAGGCUCCAUCUAGUGUCCAUUUUUCCGUUAUGUAGGAGCCAAGGUAUUUAAAUUCUCCUACUCGUCAUAGUUCAUAGUCACAUCUCCAAGCAAUUCUAUGCCACCAACCAUUCCUGUUUCUCCCAACUAGAUAUAUUUCGUUUGACCUGCUAACGCUAACCUUAAGUCCUUCUUCUUCAAUAUCCCUUCUUCAACCCUCCAACUUUUUCUCCAAUAUUUCUUUGCCCUCAUCUACUAACAGGAUACCAUCAGCAAAGAGCAUUGACCAAGGAGUCCUCUUCCUCACCUUCUCAGUCACUGCAUCCAUAAUAGGAUUAAAUAGGUAGUGACUCAGUGAACACCCUUGGGAGUUGUAGAAAGGGAUUUGUCUCUACAUGAGGAAUGUUAAUAUAAUAACAAUUUCUUAUACCAUUUAAAGUUAAAGGCUUCAUACUCUGGUAUUUCUUUGGUGGCUCAGCUUGUGAUCAACCAGUUCUAAACACUGAUGAUGAUAUUUUAAAUAUCUAAAACGUUCUGUGAUGUAGCCCUUAAAGGAGUUUUGAUAAAUGUUGUACAUUUUAUAAAUCGUUAUUCGUUGUGGAUUUUGCAAAAAGUAAGUUUUCAGUUUUCCAAUCCUUUUUUGUUACAGAUCUGUACACUUUUGUACAUUUCGCUUAAAUUAGAGAUACUGGUUACAGAAAAAUGUAGUUUUUUUUGUCUCUGAACUCUUGCAAUGGUUCUGUAACGAGAAAAAGUUAUAGUAUGUAUAGUAUAUUGUCAUGUUUUCCUAUAAUUAUUUUAAGUGUAAUAUAUGUACAUAUUUUAAGUUACUGUAGUUUUAAGGUGAAAAAACAUUUUUAUUUUAAAUCAGAAUAAAUAUUUAUUUCCGA